GUCAAAAUAUCAGUCGGUUAGCUCAUGUCGUUCACCAAAAAGUCCUUUAUUGGUACUUGUUAGAGCUUUAAAUCUACUUUAUUCUGUCAGUGUAACUUGUUACAUUACAGAGGACACCUCUGCUUAUUCUGCGAUGGGUUCCAAAAUAUUAUCUGGCGCUAAGGAGUUUUUUAACGUUCUCCGAUCUCUUCAAGACGGAAAAAAUGAUCCGUGCAUAUAUAAGGAUGACAUCCAAAUCUUUAAGACGGACGGAGAUGAAAUAGCUGUUUUGAAUGUGUACUGCGGCAACCAGCCAGUCUUUAUCUGCGAAAAAGUUAGUCCUAAAAUCAGUGAGCCAGAUGAACAAAUGGCAGAUAUAUCAAACUGCACUGAUGCUGAUGCUACUGAUGGUGAUGGCGAUGAUGCUCAGCCAUUCAAAACAGAACUGGGACCACAGCCACUCACAGUUAACCAAGCAAGGCAGCUGUUGUCAUGGUACACAUUAUCUCAAAAUGCCAGUGUGUCUGCUGUGGACAACAGUUCUGCUUUAUAUCCUCUGUGGGUACGAUGUGAUAUGUCUGACCCAGCUGGAACAACCUGGUUUGGAGUAGACAUGAUUUCCAUGGGCAAUAAAGUAACUGGGGCCAAAUUGUAUUCUGUUACCUGCAAAGGCUCAACUGUGGACAAAAAAUCUCUCAUAACCAUCGAUGAGCUUAAACAAGAGCACAAGAAAAGGCAUCACCCAUCUUCAAUGGUGAUUAAAGGCAGUGCCAGGUACAGCUUAUUUGGCUCUACUGUUGUUGAAAACACAACAAUUGAGUCACAGAGUAGUGUGACCGUGGAUUUUAAAUGGAAUCAUGUGGAGAGUAUUCUAGAGACCCCACCCCUGUCCUCUAUAGCAACACUGAAUAUCAAAGUUGGCAGUGGAGACAUGAGAAGCCCGAUGUUUGAGAUGUUCAGGGAGCUGGAGUUUCUUCUGACUCUUGCAGAUGGUCUGAGAACUGGAGAGACUGAAUGGAUGGAACCUGUGGAAAGUACUUCAGCUGUAGAUUUGACCAAGGCCUACAUAGAGGAGCUACAGAGUGCAGCAAAGACACUGCAGGACCAGACAGUGAAAACUGCAGAGACAGAAAAGCUGAAGACUGAGACAGAUACUCCCAUUUUCAACUCACUGUUGGAAAGAGGAGAUUUGGAUUUUGUUGAGCAACUGUGGGUUCGAAUGAGGAAGAGUGUGACAUCAUAUCAAGACAUUGGAGACUGUCUGAGACUGGUCACUGAGGCACUACGACAUGGUGACGUCAAACCGUGGAUUCACAGAGACAGCAACAGCUCCCUCAGCAAACUCAUCCUGCAGUCCUACCACCAGCAGAUUGACCCAGUGUCCCUUACCGGUCUCACCCCUGUCCACAUGCUUCUUGAGAUGGGUCUGGACAAAAUGAGAAAGGACUACAUUAAUUAUCUUAUUGGUGAGGAACUGACAACCCUAAACCACUUGUAUUAUUACCUGAGCACAGAGGUUGAUCUGCAGGAGCAAGUGAUCCGACUCAGAAAACUGCACCAUCUGCUGGAAAUAAUAGUGACCUGCAGUACAUUCCUGGGUUUGCCCUACGACCGGCUCUUCCUUCUCACACAAUCAUGUUUGCAACAUUACAAAACACACCCAUAUGAUGAGGACCACAAGUUCAAGCUGCCAAUCAAACCUGCUCUCAUCAGCCAUUUCUACCAGAAGGAGCAUCCAGUCACGUGGGGGGUUGAGGUGUCCAGUGGUCACAGUGUCCGUGAGGUCAGGACAUCCAUGCAGUUCAGUGACAGACCACUGGUUGAUCAUGUCAUCUUUGAAACAGAAUACCCUAAUGAAACCAUCAAUGGGGACAGUGAGGAUCCAGCCUUCUUCUCCACCAUGGUGUGCUGCAGCAUCAUAAACUUUGCAUGAAUUUACACAGAGCAUACAUGAAUAUCACUGAAAUGUGUUUUUUGUGUAUUUUCAGUUAUGAUCAUCUAUUCAGUUUGAAAAAAAUAUAUAUAUAAAAAUGUUAUUACUCAGAUAGACUUCUGCUGCUCUUCUUUGACCCUAUCAGUAAGAUUUUGAAGAUGAUUUUUUUCCCAAGCAACUUUCACUUUAAAAAAAAAAAAAAGGAAACAAAGUAUAGUAGAUCAUAAAAACAGUUGGGACUGGUAAUAUUUCACAGCAAUAUUUUAAUAAGAAAAUCCAUCAUUUUACAGGCGCAUCCACACUGUUUGAGCGUGAAUUACUAUUUUGUAUAUGAACCAGUGUUUUUACAGCAAGCACUGUAUGCACAUCAAAU